ACUUUACUAAAAUCACUUGCACAACAACCGACGUUCAUGGCCCUCAACAAUUCAAGCAACUGCCGCCUCGAUCAACUUGCCGUCUGUAGUGCUAACAAUAGAAAGCUUGAAAGCUCGUUAUCAGAUACCUUUCUUACGUACCAAAGUAAAUCAAGAUGGACGCCGAGAAAGUUGCCGAGUUGCGUAAGAAGCGUCAGUUCAAGAAGUUCACCUUCCGUGGUAUUGAGCUUGAACAGCUCUUGGACUUGACCAAUGAUGAGUUGAUGGAUCUGGUCACCGCACGUGCUCGUCGUCGCAUGUCCCGUGGACUCAAGCGAAAGCCCAUGGCACUCAUCAAGCGUCUGCGACAGGCCAAGAAGGAGGCACCUCCAGGCGAAAAACCACGUGGUAUCAAGACCCAUCUCCGAAACAUGGUCAUUGUCCCGGAAAUGAUCGGAUCCAUCAUUGGUAUCUACAAUGGAAAAAUGUUCUGUGGUGUGGAAAUGAAACCCGAAAUGAUCGGAAUGUACCUUGGAGAAUUCGCUAUUACAUACAAACCCGUCAGGCACGGACGACCUGGAGUUUCGGCCGCUCAUCAAACUCGUUUCAUUCCUCUCUAGAAAAGCAAACAAAAAGUCAAACCAGUGCAAGGGCUCUCUUUUCCUCCCACUCACUGCAGCAAGCAACCUCCCAAAACAGAUAUUCUAAGCACGUAAUAGUACCUCCUUUCCUUGCUCGCUUGACAAGGGGUC